AUGUCGCCCUCUAGGACCGCAUCUCUCCGAUCACCUUCCCCCGUCUCCACCACCUCAAUAUCAACCACCAUCAAGACCAGCCAGGCCAUAACGCGCCUAGCAAUCCUCCGCACCACCACUCCAACAAUCCACUCCAUCACCACCGCCCUCUACGACUUCGACACCGCCCUCUCCACCUUCUCCGCCCAGCGAACCCUCCUCAGCACCCUUCGCUCAGAAUACCAAGCCCAGCCCGAAGGCGCGAUCGACCCCGACUCCCUUACCCUCACCACUCUCCUAGCUACGAUACGCCUCCAGCCACAAGAACUCCCCGAGCCAGAAGUCCGCCUCAUUCGGACACUCGCCCGUGGCCACGCUAUCACGCUCGUCGCUGCCCUGUGCCGCGUGGAAUAUUAUAUCCAGUACAUCAUCGACUGCCUCGGUACCCACUCCGCCUUGCGUACAAACGACACGCGCGACGGGCUCUUCACGGACGGCGGCAACGACCUCAGCGUUCUGGGGAAGGACGUAAACCGCGUCAGACUCAGGAACAUCUUGCGCAUCUUGUCCAGCUCAACAGAUGAGCUCCUCGCGCGGAUCGUAAAGGCGGUGGAGGAAGACGAGGAGGUGGAUGUCAAGGCAGAGUGGGUGGCAGAGUUCAAGACUGAGUCAGAGCAGGCCGGAAGGGUUGUGCAGCGGCUGAAGGAGGCGGUGGCGGUGUUUGAGACUAUUGAGGUGGAGUGGGAGGGCGGCGAAGAUCUGGAUGUCGAGAGCCCGAGUAGUAGCGUUAUUGGGGUGUCUGACGCUGGUAGCGACUAUGGGUCGCGUGCUGGAAGGUCCCCGGACGCUCGGACGGCCAGCUGGCAUGGGUCCGGUGAACAGAGUCCUGCGAGGUCUGCAGCAAGUGGGAAGUGUUAUCUGUGCGGGAGGAGUCCUAUGAUGUCUCCGGUAGGCAGUGUGCACAGCUCGUACAUACCCAGUAGUCCCUCUAGGUCACUGACGGGCAGUACAUGCGCUUGUGGAGAAGAUCAUGUGGGAGUGAUUUAA